CAACCAUCACGGCUUCUCGAUCCAGUCCAUUCGUUUGAAUCGUCGUCGCUUGAUCUGGGUGUUUUGGGUCUCGAUUGACCCUCUGCCAUAACUGAAAAUGGCGAUCCAGAAGAAGCAUGGUAAAGGUCGUUUGGAUAAGUGGUACCGCCUUGCCAAAGAGAAAGGAUAUCGAGCUCGAGCUGCGUUCAAGCUGGUCCAGCUGAACAAGAAAUAUGGAUUUUUGGAAAAGAGUAGAGUCCUUCUGGAUCUUUGCGCUGCGCCCGGUUCGUGGUGUCAAGUCGCUGCAGAAUGCAUGCCUGCGCAGAGUAUCAUCGUCGGUGUUGAUCUCGCCCCAAUCAAACCCAUCCCUCGAGUGAUCUCCUUCCAGAGCGACAUCACAACGGAAAAGUGCCGCGCUACGAUCAGAUCGCACCUGAAACACUGGAAGGCGGAUACGGUUCUCCACGACGGUGCGCCCAAUGUCGGUACGGCUUGGGUUCAAGAUGCGUUCUCUCAGGCGGAGCUGGUGCUGCAGUCUAUGAAAUUGGCUACGGAGUUCUUGGCCGAGGGUGGUACUUUCGUCACCAAGGUCUUCAGAUCGAAAGACUACAAUCCUCUGCUGUGGGUUUUCAAGCAGCUGUUCAGCUCAGUCGAGGCUACGAAACCCCCGUCUUCCCGAAACGUCUCCGCCGAAAUUUUCGUCGUCUGCCGCGGCUUCAAGGCCCCGAAGCGUCUCGACCCCAAGUUCCUCGACCCGAAACAUGUGUUCGCCGAAUUGGCCGAUCCCACUCCCAAUAACGAGGCGAAGGUGUUCAACCCGGAAAAGAAGAAGCGCAAGAGAGAGGGUUACGAGGAGGGUGACUACACCCAGUACAAGGAAAUCCCAGUUGCCGAAUUCAUCAACACCACGGACCCGAUCGCGAUCCUGGGAACAUGCAACAAACUCAGUUUCUCAGAACCGCCGGGAGGCGACAUUGCGCUGGCUACGAUCAAUCGACUCGAAGAAACGACGGACGAGAUUCGGGUCUGCUGCGAGGAUCUGAAGGUGUUGGGUAAAAAAGAGUUCCGCAACCUUCUCCGGUGGCGGUUGAAGGUUCGCGAGAAGUUCGGUCUCAUUGUGCGGAAGGGUCAACACAAGAAAGAAGAGCCGCAAGAAGAAGUGGCCGAGAUCGCCCCUAUGGAUGAUGAGCUGGCGAUUCAAGAAGAUUUGCAACGACUUCGGGAGAAGGAGAGCACGAGAACCAAAAAGGAACGACGAAAGGAAAACGAGAAGAAGCGCAAGGAAAUCCUCCGCAUGCAGAUGCAUAUGACGACUCCUAUGGAUAUCGGUAUGGAACAGCAUGGUCCCUUUGGGGAGGAUGCCACUUUUUCGCUUAGACGUGCCGAGAGAGAAGGCGUCUCAGACAAAAUUGCCUCCGGUAGAGAGGCGCCAGUGGAGAGUGACAGUGAGGAAUCCGAAUCCGAGUCUGAGGAUGACGAGAGCGACGAGGAGGGUGAUCGAUUGGAGAGAGAGCUUGACUCUCUUUACGAGCAAUACCAAGGGCGCAAGGAGGAUGCAGAUUCGAAACUGAAAGCCAAGAAGGCCCGAAAGGACUACGAGGCCGACGAAUGGGAAGGAAUUUCGGAUUCUGAUAAGGAGGGAGACUCAGAUGAGGAAUCUGACUCUGAAACGCUUACCACGAAGCGGGAGGCCCCGAAGGGUGGAGCUCUCUCCAACAAUGCUGCCAUGUUCUUCGACCAAGACAUUUUCCAAGGUCUGGAGGACUUGGAGGAUGUUGAGGACGAGGACGAGGACGAGGACGAGGACGAGGACGACGGCAAGCAGAAGAGCAACGGCACUGUCUCGGAGAAAAAGAGCGCCAACGACAAGAAGGAGAAGGAGAAGACGAAGGAGAAGGCCAAGGCGAAGGCGCAAGAGACGGACGACUUUUCGGAUGAUGACGAUGAUGAGCCCGCGGACCUUGGAGAGGACCCAAGGAAGCAGAAUGGCCAGCUCGACAUCGAUAUUAUCACCGCGGAAGCUAUGUCAUUGGCCCAGCAGAUGGCCACCGGCGAGAAGAAGUCCCAGGACGUGGUUGAUGACGGUUACAACCGGCUUGCAUUCCGGGAUGUUGACGGUCUCCCUGACUGGUUCCUGGACGACGAGGGCCAGCACAGUAAGGCGAAUCGGCCCAUCAGCAAGGCAGCUGCCGCGGCUAUCAAGGAGAAACUGCGCGCCAUCAAUGCCCGACCGAUCAAGAAGGUGAUGGAGGCCAAGGGACGAAAGAAGAUGAGGGCCGCGACCAAGUUGGAGAAGCUGCGGAAGAAGUCUGCGCUGAUUGCCGAGGACGAAGGAAUGAGCGAACGGGACAAGUCGCAGACCAUCGCCAGGAUGAUGAGCCGGGCCACCAAGAAGAAGCCCAAGCAACAGGUGAAGCUGGUUGUUGCCAAGGGAAACAACCGGGGUAUCUCUGGUCGUCCCAAGGGCGUCAAGGGCAAGUACAAGAUUGUGGAUUCCCGGAUGAAGAAGGAUAUUCGGGCUCAGAAGCGACUUGCGAAGAAGAAGAAAUAAAGGAGGGCGUGUGGAAGGAUGGAUGUAUAGGCUCUCGACGGUUGAUACCCGGUGCAUUCUCCCCAGUGUUUUAUAAUGGAUAUGUGUCUUUACCGCGGAUAGAUGUAUAUAGAAGUAUACAUGACGGUC